GCAAGAUGCAUCGCAUCGCAAGCAUCGGUGCGCAGCCCAUGCAAUGCAACGUAAGCAUGCAGGAAUAGCAUAGAAUCAACGAUGAGAAGUGCUACAUUGCUGCUCAUCACCGCAGCGCGAGCGCUCACACCACUCAGCACUCACCAACUCGCAGCAGAGCACGCCAAAAACGUGCAGCGCCACGAAAGCGAUCUCGCGGACUCGGCGAAGCGCUGGGGCGCGCCGAUCCCUGUCACGGGAGACGACGAUGCGAGCUGGCGCGCCGUCGCUGCGCCGCGCACCGUGCUCGCGGCGCCAAGCGUCAUGCCGCGCGCCGUCGCGCGGCGAAUAAAGCGAGAAGCCGACGCGCGCUUUUCAGAGCAGACGUCGAUGUCGCGCUUCUCGAUGACCGAGGACCUGCGGGACUGCCACGCGGACGAGCUGCCGCGGACGAAGCGCUGGCUGCGGGCGUUCGUCGCGUCGCAACGCUUCGCGGGGGCGCUGCGCGUGCCCGAGGCGGCGAACGCGACGCAAUUAGCCAUCUACGACGCACUAAUAGUGAAGUACGCGCCGGACCUGGCACGGGACCGCGCCGCGUCGGGCCAGCCGGUGCAUCGCGACUUCUCGACGCUGACUCUUAAUGUCGCCCUGAGCGACGCUGAUGAUUUUAUUGGAGGCGGUACGCGCUUCGAGGGGCCCGGCGACGUGACGCUCACACCGGUGCGUGCCGGCGACGCCGUCGCGCACGCCGGCCGCACGCGGCACGCCGGCGCCGCGACGACGGAGGGCGAGCGCUACGUCCUCGUUUGUUUUUUGGCAUCGACGGCACCGGACCAUGCGCGCUUGUCCCUGGCGCGGGCCAUGGAUUUGCGACGCGCUGGCAAGUACGCGCGGGCCGUGCGCGCCGCGAGGUCGGCGCUUCCGACGGACGCGGUCGACGCGGCUGAAUUGCAUAAGGUGGCAGGUCUGUCGUUGCGCGGGCUUGCCGACGCGUCCGCGCGACGAAGGCCGCAUCUGGCCGAGGCGCUGGCCGACGCCGCGGCGGCGCACCUCUCGGAAGCGGCACGCCUGGCACCCUACGACGUCGUCGCACUCCAUAGCGUCGCGUCGCUGGCGCUCGCGCGCGCUUCGUCGGGAGAAGACUUCCGGGCCGCCGCGGAGCUGUGCCGCGCGGCGUUGCGUGCGGCGCGGACGGAUGUGGAGAGGGCGUACCCGGCGCACGACCUGGCGCUCGCGGAGGGGGAGACCGAGCGGCUGUCCGCCGUUGCGGUGGCGCGAUGAUGCUUCUGGGGAAGACUAGUAAGAAUAGUGUGGUGA